AAGUGAAGUGUUUGGAUGGUAAAAGGCUGGGUUGGGUUGUGUUGGGUUGGCACGGAGUUGUUUGGGUUCCGCCCCGCGCGCGGCGCACUUCAGCGCGAGCUCAGCGAGCACAGCAGCAGGGAUUCAGCGCGCGCGCACUCAGUCAGCAGCAGCAGCAGUAAGACGAGAAGGAAGAAGAGGAGGACAGGUUCCACCAUGACGGAUCGAUUCGACUGUUUCUACUGCCGCGACCACCUUGGGGGCAAGAAGUACAUUAAAAAAGACGACAGGCCAGUUUGUGUGCGCUGCUUCGAGAAGUUCUGUGCCAACACCUGCACAGAAUGCCGUCGGCCAAUUGGCACAGACUCAAAGGAGCUUCACCAUAAGGGUCGUUACUGGCAUGAAGACUGUUUCCGCUGCUAUAAAUGCUAUAAGAAUCUGGCCAAGGAGUCGUUCAGCACUAAAGAUGACCGGAUCCUGUGUGGUAAAUGCAGCUCGCGUGAGGAUGCCCCCCGCUGCCACACCUGUUACAAACCCAUUCUGGCAGGUACAGAGAAUGUCGAGUAUAAAGGAAACACGUUUCAUGAGGAGUGCUUCACCUGCUACCAGUGUAAGAAACCAAUCAGCUCUCAGAGCUUCCUGACCAAGAAUGACAACAUCUAUUGCACAUCCUGCCAUGAGAAGAAGUUUGCCAAGCAGUGUGCCGGCUGUAAGAAGGCCAUUACCUCUGGUGGGGUGAAUUAUCAGGACCAGCCGUGGCACUCUGCAUGUUUUGUGUGUGCUUCAUGCCAGAAGCCGCUGGCCGGGACUCGUUUCACCUCACAUGAAGACCGGGUUUACUGUGUGGACUGUUAUAAAAACAGCGUAGCCAAAAAGUGCUCUGCCUGCCAGAACCCCAUCACUGGGUUUGGAAAAGCCACUAAUGUGGUGAACUAUGAGGGAGGCACUUGGCAUGAUUACUGCUUCAACUGCCGGAAGUGUUCUCUGAACCUGUCUGACAAGCGCUUCGUCUCCAAGAAUGGAGACGUGUACUGCAGUGACUGCUCCAAAAAAGUCUAGAUUCCAUAGCUGGGCCAGAGUGGGAAAAACUACCAGUAACAGAGUUUGAUCAGAAUAACAGACGACUAGCAGCACUACAUUAAAUGCAGACCUGCUCUUAGUGUCUUACUGUAGAACAGUGCUUACCCUACAAGAUAAUUUUACGCUUCUUCAGUAUCAAAUAUAAUCAUUACCCAUAGUGUCAUGGAUCUGUAAAAAAAAUAUUUUUAUCUUUUCCCCCCGAAAACACUGCAUUUAAAGGGGAUUAUGCAGAGAGGGCUUCAUUGUACAAAUUGAUUUUGGAGAUGAAUGAAACCAGUAAUUUUAUUUACUAUCACAGUCCAGCAGUGGAUCUUAUAUGCAAUGAUGUGAUGACAAAACCUUCUUUAGACUAUUUUAUGCUGUACAACACCCUGCAUGUCUACAUACAGAGUUUUACUUGUAUAUGAUUUAAAAAACACAUCCACCUCUCAAAACUAUAGCGUCUCAGGUAUCAGGCAGUGUAAAAACUUUGAGGGAACUUUAAUAUUCAAUGUCUUGAUUCCAUUCGCUACCACUACUAUGAUCUGUUCUGACUUGGUACGUUUCUAUAGAGUGGUGCAUUCUACACCAUUUUCAUUAUGUAGGUAAAGGGAUUGAUUUAGCCUUUAAAUGAUUUAAAUGUGCACAUCUUAACAGUCAUUUCCAGCAGUGUUUUAUGACAUUUUUUGUGUCUUAAUGAGCUUUAACAUGUACCUUAAAUGUGUAAUAAUGCUUAUAUAUGCCUAUACAGUAUAAAUGGACUAGAUCGCUAUAUGUAUUUUAAUGUGCAUCAGUAACAUUUAGUAAACAUUUCAUAAACGUGAUUCAUGUAAAACCCAAUAACUUCUUGGCCUUUGUAAUCACUGCUUCAUUUGAAUGGUGUGAUUUUGUGCAGCAGAAGCAAAAUCAAAAUAAAGUGGAUUCAGAAACA